GGCGCGUUGUUAUGAUCUAACAUGGCGGAAUGUAGUGUUGUGGCUGCCUCAGUGUCUAUGUCAGUUUCAGAGUGAUAAUAGCUCAGGGGCAACUGAACGUACGGCGAUGCGAGCCGGCGACCGGCCAGCACGAUUAUUCGCAUAAGAUCGUCGUGUUCUCACGUGCCAGUAGCGCGGCAGCCAAAGUCCUCGUGCAACUUCUCGUUCGCCGCGGCCGCGGCGACAGCAUCGUACACAGAGAGGUGGUGAGAAAGUGCACACACACGGAGGAACGGCCGACGUUCGCCGGGCUAUUCGGAGGUAUCGCACAUCGUGGGGUGGUCGCGUCAUCGUGCCUAUCGCACACGCCGCAAGUAGUAACCGAUACCGAUCGUCGCGAUUCGCCACACGUGUGAAAGGAGCGCGGGACUACGGUACGUUCGCGAUUCUGCGUUUGCUACGUGAUUUUCCCGCGCGCUCGUCGUCGUCGAGGGGAAGCGUUUCCUGGCGGCUCGACGUGCACGUUGGGUCAGUUGUGUCGCGCAGCGUCCAGCUUGUGCACGCUCACUUCGGUGAAUAGUCGUAGCAUCGUGGGAGAUCUCUGGAAGCACCGACUCUCGAUAUCCGUAUGACGCUCUCGUUCCAUUGUUCACCUGGUUGCUGUUCGUAUAACUUGCAACGUAGUAAACUACCGCUCCUUCACGGGACACGAUCGCGCAUAUUCUCCACGUCCCAAUCGACAUCGUUGUCCAUUGAAUGGUGUCGUGAGCUAAGUGUAUAUUAUUCAUGUAAACAUAUAUAUUGUUUGCUAUUCGAGACUCCGGCUGGAACCGUUAAUCAUCUCUUUUGACGCUCCUUCUUUAAUUGAGUGCUCGAAAGAAGGUACAGAGUCAGCUAGUGCGUGAGAGAGAGAGAGAGAGAGAGAGAGAAAGAGAAAGAAAGAAAGAGAUAAAAAGAGAAAGACGCUUGUGUGUAUGUGUGUGUGUGUACUGCGUACGUACAAACAACCCUGUAGCAAAAACGUUCACGUACAUCAGCAUUUUGUUUAUACCAUAGUAAUAAAUAAUGCAAUAACAAGAAACCUUGAUGGGUUGUACUAGAGCGUACAGAGGUUUAACAUAUCUGGGUUUCUGUGCGUUUGCUAAUCCGACAAGCAUCUGAAUAAUUUUAUUGCAACGAUAAGCACUGAGUGGGCCAAAGAUUGAGCAGACCUAGAAAAGGCAUGCGGGAUAGCUGGUGAUAAUCUGGGAAGGAGUGCACUAAACUAGUUUUACAAUAUGACGGAUACACGAAGAAGAGUAAAAUUAUAUGCACUUAAUGCAGAUAGACAAUGGGAUGAUCGUGGAACUGGUCAUGUAUCAUCUUCCUAUGUAGAUAGAUUAAAGGGGAUUUCACUGUUGGUAAGAGCAGAAAGUGAUGGAUCUGUCUUAUUGGAGAGUAGAAUACAACCUGAUACAGCAUAUCAGAAACAACAGGAUACUUUAAUAGUAUGGUCAGAAGGAGACAAUUUUGACUUAGCCUUAAGUUUUCAAGAGAAGGCUGGCUGUGACGAGAUAUGGGAAAAGAUUUGCCAAGUACAAGGCAAGGAUCCAUCAGUAGAAAUCACCCAAGAUAUCGUAGAGGAGUCCGAAGACGAACGGUUCGAUGAUAUGUCAGAUGCAGCACCGCCGAUUGAAUUACCUCCAUGCGAACUUAGCCGAUUGGAAGAUAUUAACGAGCUCAUAGAGAAUAGUCUAACCUCGCCGAUGAGAAAAGAAAAGUUAGCUGUUGCGCUAGAAUCUGAAGGUUACAUUAAGAAACUCUUAAAUCUCUUUCACACAUGCGAAGAUUUGGAGAAUAUUGAGGGAUUGCAUCAUCUUUAUGAUAUAUUCAAAAAUAUUUUCUUACUCAAUAAGAAUGCAUUGUUCGAAGUUAUGUUCAGCGACGACACGAUUUUCGACGUUGUUGGAUGUUUAGAGUAUGAGCCGAAUUUAUCUCAGCCAAAGAGGCAUAGAGAAUACCUUCGACAAUUAGCCAGAUUUAAGCAAGCAAUUCCCAUUACAAACGCCGAACUUUUAGCUAAAAUCCAUCAAACGUACAGAGUUCAGUACAUUCAAGAUGUAGUGCUGCCAACCCCGAGUGUAUUCGAGGAUAAUAUGCUGAGUACACUGAGUAGUUUUAUAUUUUUCAAUAAAGUUGAAAUAGUGACUUUGAUACAAGACGAUGAAAAGUUUCUUACUGAACUUUUUCGUCAGUUGACAGACGAAGCAACGUUAGAUAGCAAGAGGCGUGAUUUGGUUCUUUUUUUGAAGGAAUUUUGUAACUUUUCUCAGAAUCUUCAGCCACAAGGAAAAGAGGCGUUUUAUAAGACAUUAACAGCACUUGGUAUACUUCCUGCUUUAGAAAUUACCUUGGCAAUAAACGAUGCGCAGACAAAAACGGCCAGUAUAGACAUAUUGACUUACAUUGUGGAAUACUCUCCGAGUGUUGUACGAGAUUAUACGUUACAACAGAUAACUAACGCGAAUCAGGACCAAAUGUUAGUCAACGUAAUAGUUGCUCAACUUGUCGGAGACAGCGAUCCCGAGUUAGGUGGAGCGGUUCAGUUGGCUGGCGUGUUGCGUUUACUUCUGGACCCGGAGAAUAUGUUGGCUUCUGUUAACAAAACAGAAAAGACUGAUUUCCUAAAUUACUUUUACAAGAAUAGUAUUAUUACUCUGAUAGCGCCUCUCCUAGCGAACACGAUCGGGGAACAGCCCGCGAGAGAGGAUUACAGAACAGUACAACUUUUGGGACUGAUCCUGGAACUGUUGUCGUUCUGCGUGGAGCAUCACACGUAUCACAUCAAGAAUUGCAUAUUGAACAAAGACCUACUCAGAAGAAUAUUGGUUUUAAUGAAAUCAACACACACAUUUUUAGUGUUAUGCGCGUUAAGGUUUAUGAGAAAGAUUAUAGCUUUGAAGGAUGAAUUUUAUAAUAGGUACAUAAUUAAGGGUAACCUCUUUGCGCCUGUUUUCGAUGCAUUUGUAAGGAACAACGGCAGAUACAAUCUCCUAGACUCAGCUAUAUUGGAGAUGUUCGAGUUUAUUAAGCUUGAGGAUAUAAAGUCACUCUGUUCACAUGUCGUCGAGAACUUUUCGAAAGAACUCGAAGCAAUUGAUUACGUACAAACAUUUAAGGCGUUGAAAUUAAAAUACGAGCAGCAUCAGGACAAACUGAAAGAUCGUGAUAGAGCUGCAAUUGAGAGUGUACCGUCAAUUCUGCGCAACAGUCGAUAUCGCAGAGAUCAAAGGCAGCUAGAUGAGGAAGAGGAACUGUGGUUCAACGAGGAGGAAGAAUUCGACGAGGGUGAAGCGGUGGUACCUGCAGCGGCGGCAACAGCCGAUCUCGUAUCGCCUGCCUCCACCAAAAAACAGUCAUCCUCUUCAAAUUCUACACUUAAUCCCGCGCUUGCAGAUUCGAAGAGUCACCAACAACAGCAGCAGCAGCAGCAGUCCGUGUUAAACAACAAUACUUCCAACAACAACAUUACCUCGCAGCAAUCGCAAAUCAACAAUAGCUCGUCGACAACGAACGAAUCACCCAUCACUUCGGACGUAACUCCAAAUUCGCCCAUCGGCACUGUCGAGAAAACAGGGACAGCACUAUUCAAAAAGGGAUUAGUCGAUUACGAGGGAGAUUCGGACGAGGAAGACGAGGACUCGGAAUUAAGUCCUUCCCCAAAGCGACAACGAUUGUCAUAGUAGGCAAACUGGGAAGAAUAAGGCCAUGGUGAUCUUUAAAUGCUAUUAUAAUUUCUGACCCUUCUAAAUAUGUGUAAAAAACGAACAGAUCUAUCCUUAUCAAUAUUGGAAGUGACACGGAUGGAGUUUUCUCUCUAAGGAAUGGACACACAACAAGUGCUUUUAAGAAAAAAAAAUAAUAAUAUGCGGUGAGCACUCAUUCUAUUUGUGUUGAUUUGUGUAUAGUAAACAAGAUAUAAGUAGGGUCUGAAUGAAAAUUAUAACUUGAAUUGUUCGUGAAUUCGGUUCGUGUGAGCUGAUUGAACACUACCGUACACAAAAUGAAAGGAUACAAGAAUAGCGUACAGACGAUUGAAUCGACGAGAUUAUAGUAUGUACGAGUUGUAAUAUGGAAUAACAAAACACGUGCAUCUCGUCAGUUGAGACGUUUGUAUUGUGCUCUUGCAUUUGAGUAAAUUUCUGUAUGACAAUUUUGAUCCGCAUAAACGCGCCGUGUUCGACCGAAUUCGCUAUAAUAUUUGAAUGUAUCGGAAAGAGAAUAAGAGAAGAAUGGAUAUUCUUCAAUUGAAAUGAGUAAACAAUGGUUAAUGUGGUAUUGCAAUGUGCAACGCAAUAUGAUGUGACCGUGUGCUAUGUAAUACAUAAGAGAGUAAAAGAUAUUAAGCGAAUCACAGUCCAUUCCACUUGUCUGGAAAUGCGCGUCACAUUAGGAUAAACCAAUAUCACGGAUAACCGAGGCGUUCGAGGCAAGAGCGGAGAACGCGAGUAACUUCGAAAUGUAUAAUUUGUAUCUUUCUGUAUUAUUUUCUUUAAUACGAUGUCGUAUUUAUUGUAGAUCAUUGUCAUGAAAAAAAACGCAAUUCAGGUGUACUUUUGAUAAUUUUCACGCUCAAUUUCCUCGCUCUUUCUACCUCCAACGCCCAAGUAUGCAUCCGUUUCAUUUCAGGAACAGAGUUAAUCAUGGACUUACUUCGCUCUAUGUAUAGACUUUGAAAAGGUCUACGGCAAACCUUACUAGUUAAACCUAGUGGCUCUUACAGAUACGGCAAGAGAUCUAAGCUUAGAGAUAUACACUAUGAUAAACUGCACAAUCGCAGUUAUCUGUGUGUUAGGUCCAGCAAGAAAAAAAACUUAGUACAUACGCGAUGUAAGAUCAGAUUUUGAGUGAGGGACUACUUGAAGUACCGCACAAAAGAAAAGCGUGAAAAGGACAACCGAGCGUUUUAAUUUUGCCAUUCAUAAGUUUCUUAUCGCUUACUGCGCGAUAAAGGGAACCUGUUUUCUUCGAGAAGGUUCAUGAAACCUUAUGCAGGUCAUCAGAAGUAGUAUUUAGUUUGUAUAUAUAUGUAUAUUUGUAACGAUUGUAAGACAUACACACAUACACAUUCUUGGAUUAAGCAGAAACACGCAAUUUCUCCAUUAAGAAUUCGGUCAUUUUUGAAAUACUUUCAACAGGCUUUUCGGUUGUCAAUGUAAUUAGUAGUAAUUGUACAAUAAAUAUUUGAUUUAUGUAUAUUCACCAGUCUGCACUUCAUGCCCAAUGUUAAUCCUUGAUGUGUAUAAAGUAUAACCUGGAAUGGAUGUAUUGUCGAUUAUUAGGCUUAAAGACACAAAGUUGUUCGUAUGAAUUAUUCACAUCUACAUGGGCAAAAUGGAGCCAGAGAUUAUAGAAAAACGCUUUGUAAAGAAAAGAAAAAAAAAUAAUAAUAGAGGCACACAAUUUAGCUUUGUUGAGACAUGUUUAUAUAAUGCGAUAUAUGAUUUAUAUAUCAGUUAAAGAGAGAGAAACAACAAUGUCACAAGAUGCAAUAUACAAAUACUAAUUUAUGCUUGGCACUAGACUCGUGGACUACUUUACUUUGUAGAAGAAUAUUUUCUUUAGAUACGCACGUACGAUUGCUUCAUCACAGUUCAAAUUUAACUGUGCGAUAUCAUAUCAGAGAGAUUAAGAUCUGUUUAUCCGAAUCAGCUCCAGAAAAGAGUGUCUACUUCCUUAAACCACUUUUGCAACCUACGAAGCUGUGUAACGACAGUGUAAAUCUAACUUUCGCAUUUAUCGCUAUAUCAUUCAUGUAGUACGCUGCCCAUCGAAUAUCUGCAACUGCUUUUACACAUUAUUUUACGAUUGCGUUGACCAUGCAGUAAAGUGUUAUAAGCUAAUGUACAGAAUUCCCGACAUGCCUAAUACCCGAAAGAAUUUCCAAGACUGCUUUAGAACUGUAAGUAUGUAUGCUUGGAAUGAUGCCGUGGAAUACACAUACAUGUACACAUAUACAUAUAUAUUAACUUAUGAUACUGAAAGAGAAUUUAGAAGUUAAUUCAGCCAUCGAGAUGAGCAAACUGUGAAUAAAGUCUUAAGUAGGCAAAUUCGCUGGAGCUGAGUGAUACGUGUACAUAAAAUGUUGUGCAACCUGGACAGAUCACGGGGAAGAUAAAGAGAAAAAUGAGAAUGUAACAAAGGCUAAUAUUAAUUAGUUAAGUAAGAUGAUGAGUAAUGUUGUUCUUCUUCAUGUGUUUUACACUAUAUCUACGAUUUAUUCGAUAAUAAAGAACAAAUAUUAAGCCUAGAAUGCUACAUUGGGUGCAAAGAAUGUAUGUAAAAAGAAUAAAAAAAGAAAGAAAAAGAAGGAGCAAAUGAAUUAAUAUCUAAGUGAUAUUAGAGAGUAAAGAUAUGGUCACGUGCUAUUUAAAUUGCGAUAUUUAAUGCAUAUAUACAUUCGUACAUACAGAGUGUUUUAGACUAAGUUCUUUUCGUUCAUUUUAUCAUUGACGACACAUUAUCGCGUUACAUACAACAUACACGCGUCUUCUCAUCUCAAAUUUUAUAUUAAAUAAUAUCUAUAUUAAGAAUAUUAACAAGAUGUGGUAUGUAUUGUACCAAAUUCUGAAAAAGAAUAACGCAAUAAGCCAAAUAUAUUCUGCAAUUCGAAUUUUUAGCACUAAAUAAAUUAAAAAUGUAUUUAAUUUACAAAUAGAUAAAAAAAUUGAUACAUCUUGCAUCUAUUGGCUGCCAUGAAGACACGGUUUUAUCACGUGCUUCCUGUUAAAAAUAUAACAUUUGAUAUAAUAUUUCAUGCAUAAUAUAACAAUCAGUCUAAAACAUUCUGCCUCAAAACCGUCGCUAAGAUCGCAAGCAUACUUUUUUCAACCGUCACAUCGAUGUAAUAUUAAAGGAAAAAAAUGGAUUUGCACACAUUGUACAAUAUCACGUGCUAAUAAUAAUAGUAUGCGUUUUAAUUAUGUAAUGACAGAAUAAGAAACUUAUUCUUUGAGAGUAUAUAGUAUAUAUAUAUAUAUACAUAGGCAUAUAUAGAGAUAUAUAUAUAUAUACAUAUACACACAGAAAAAGAGACUUUUUUAUAUGAGAAUGCUAUUCGUGAAUUCUGUGAAUUAAGAGCAAGCAUGAAAAUAUACAAUUUUGUGUGUAUUAUGAUAAUAAGUGGAUGAAUUGAGAAACAAUAUUUUGCAUUUUAUUCUACUGGUGAAUGAAAGAUCAAUCUGACAACAGGACUGACACCUAUAUACAGGAUUCAUAGCACAAAACAAGCAACUACUGUAAAAAAGUUGCUUAACUUUUACGAGUUUUUUGUCCAACAUUACGUACUAUUGAAUUUUAGCUGUAAUUAAUUAGUGAAUGAUUAACUAUGAAUUAGUUAGCUAGUAAUUAGUUGUAAUCAAUUAACAAGCCAGUCAAUCCUAAAUUUGUUCUAGUUGUUGUGGUAUGUUAAACAACUAGAAGAUUGAUUUUCCGAGCAACACAUCCGAGAAAAAUUUAAGUUUAUAUUAUGAAAUUGAUAUCAUAACACACAUAGUUAAAUACUGCGUAACUAGGACUGAAAUCUACUUGAUGUACUUCGAAGAAGUGGCUAUUGAUUUCCUUCAUUCUGUAUAGCGAUAUGCACGUGUUAGUAACUAAUUAAAUAAUAAUCACAAAUUAAAGAUUUAUACAUAAACGUA